CUUAGACUGCUGCACCACUCCGGAGCGCAGCGGGUGAAAUGGAAGAAAAACAACAGCUGCUGGAUGGAGACAGAUUUUCAGCUGAGUUGGGCAUCUCUCUUCCUCUCUAGUUUGUGUCUCGUCUGGAACACUUUUAGCAUUUUAUCUAAACCUUUUCCUAACCUUAACGUAAUUAUUCUAUUCUGCCAUGUUACUUCUCCUAACCUGCUGCGUAAAUUCUCCUAACCUGCUAUGAAACCGGCAGACCUGCCCUGAGUACAGUCUGGUUUCCACUAAUGCGAAACAACGCUGCUUUAGGUUUGGGCUGAAAAAACCGACUGCUGCAACCUGAUUGGCUGAAUGCGAUACACACCAUCCGGGAUUAGCAUUUAGCCACUCUAGCAUGAUGGUGGAAAAUGGUGUUUCAUAAACACAUUUUCCAAUUUUCUUUCAUUUCUUUUCGCCAUUAAAGUUGAAGACAUCGAAGCCGAUGCAUCCUGAGUGGAUAAUGUAUUGCCGGCUGCGUAAAAUGCAUUUGGAUGGUGUUUCUUUAAGAGGAAAGGACGGAAAAGAGCAGACUCUGUUUAAAGGAAGAGUGGUUUAAAAAGAAAAGGAUAGAACACAGACCCCUGUAAAACUCAUUGCCUUCCAUAGGCUACUGUGGCUAAACUAGUCGCAGGACAGACUCACUGUGUUUAACAGUGUCUGUCUGUACACCGGAAGGGCCCUCAUGCCUCCAACAACCAUGCAGUGAGGGUAAGCUGGCAGUGUGCCCCCUAUCACCAUGCUGGCUUUGGGCCUAGAGCAGGGGAGAGGUGGACGGGGCCAGGCUAAUGUGGCCUGGCAGGCACCACCUUCAGGGAGGCCUCUAACCCAGGACCUAGGGAGGCCUCUAACCCAGGAGCCAGAGAGGACUCUAACCAAUGACCCAGGGAGGCUUCUAACAUACGACCCAGGGAGGCCUCUAACCCACAAACCAGGCCUCAACAUCAAGCAGAAGAUCUCUCAGUGGGAAGGCCUCUGUCAACCAGACAGCAGUGGGAAGGCCGAUAGGGUCAAAGCUCAUGCACCAGUUGUAUCCCAAUCACUUUCUGGGGAUGUCCUGGAUAACGGAGUAUGUAGUGACAGUAGGAGAGGCGGACCUCACGGCAAAGCUAAAAGCCUGGGUUUAGAUUUCAGGGAAAACCUACAAGCACAGGGCAUACACACAGGCGUCAGCAGAAAGUUUGAUCCCCCUCAGAAUCACUCCUGUUUCAGUAAGACUUCAACUGCAAUACCAGAGUCCAAGCCAUUUAUAGCGCCUUUGCAAUCUCUUACAACAGACACUACAAACAUUUUCCAAUUAGAUAGGAUGAUCGCCACCAAUGGUGAACUGAAGGUGGGUGGUGUGUUGGAAGUUAAGUUGACCAAACACCUACCUCUGUCAGUGGAUGACCAUAGAGAGAGCCUGCCCCCAGGGAAUUUCUAUACCUCAAGGGGCUUCUGGCGGAGGCUGGAGGGAGACGAGUUGUUCUGGGAGAAGGGAAGAAAUACCUCAGCAGAGCCUCAGAGUUCUGUGGGUCCAGUGACUCACCCUCCACUGAAACCACAACGGACGUUUCAGUAUCAAGGAGCAGACAGCACCCUAACACACUGGGUCCAAUGGAAUAGCAGGACUCCAUCUGCCAACCAAUCCAACACCAAGAGCAGUGGCAUAACCCACCCACCUAGCUUCCCACCACCCCUGUGUCCUGUCAGCCGUGGCAAUGGGUUUUCCAGACACAAAAAUAGCAGGAAGUCCUUUGAGUUUGAGGAUGUGGUGCGGUUGACAGCUCAGCAGGACACACUGGGAAGUGAGGCCAAGCGCUCCAGUCUAUACCACGCCUUCUCUGACGACAACAUUUAUGAGGACAUUAUCUCUGAACCCCUGAUCAGAGAUAACACAUAUGAGGAUGUCAAGCCGUCUCCUUCUAUGUGUCUCCCCAUUGGGCGUCCCCGACCCUGGACCAUGGCACAGAGACAGAACCCUCUCACCCCAAAGCUUCCUCCCAAGCCUCUCACGUUGCGGGUGGAGAGGAAGGACUCACUGGCAGCGACACAACCCUCACCUACAGAAGCCCCCCCUAGACCUGCCUUACCCAAGCGACCCACAACCAUCCAUAAAACACACAGACUGCCUCAGUAUGUCAACAAGAUUCAUGUGAUCUUCGACACCAAGCGAGGGAAGAAGAGAGUGAAGAGCCAGGGAGGUUCAGCUCGUGAGGAGACCAGUGGAACUGAAAGUGACCCAGAGGACAACACUAAAGGAGGGUCCAGGCGCUCAGUCUAUGUUCAGUCCACGCUAAAGCGGAGGCCAGGCUACCGCACCCUGGAGAAGGACCUGAUCCAGCUCCAGCAACAGCAGCUCUUUCAGUUCUUUGUGGUGGUGUCACUCCGAAAGAGUUUUUCAGGAAACACCUACAUCCCUGAGAUCACGCAACAGUUUCCCAACAAGUUUGAGAAGUCUUCUCGCCACUCCCGUGAAGCUGACGACCGGCUGAAGGCCAUUCCCAUGUUCUGCUUCCCAGACUCUCAGGACUGGCGGCCUUCUGGAGACCUGCACAGUGAAACCUUCUCUUUUGUCUUGACGGGAGAGGAUGGCAGCCGGUGGUUUUGUUACUGUCGUAAGAUCCUGCCAAGCGGAAAGGGGAAAAGACUGCCUGAAGUUCACUGUAUUGUAAGCAGGCUGGGCUGCUUCAACCUGUUCGCUAAGAUCUUGGAGGAGGUAGAGAGGCGCAGGGAGAUCUGUCCAGCCCUAGUGUCUCCCUUCAUGCGUAGUGUCAUGGAGGCUCCUUUCCCCGCCCCUGGACGCACCAUCACACUCAGGAGCUUCCUUCCAGGCACAGGAAAUGAGGUGCUGACGCUGUGCCGGCCGGUAGACUCAAGGCUGGAGCAUGUGGACUUUGAGAGCCUGCUGCAGUGCCUGAGCGUUGGGAGACUCCUACAGGUGUUUGCCUCUCUGCUACUGGAGAGGAGGGUCAUCUUCAUUGCUGACAAACUCAGUGUGCUGUCUCGUUGUGGCCAUGCCGCGCUGGCGCUGCUCUACCCGUUCACCUGGCAGCAUACAUUUGUGCCUGUGCUGCCCGCUAGCAUGCUAGACAUCAGCUGCUCUCCCACUCCCUUCCUCAUGGGGGCGCUGGCGCCCUGCCUGCCCGAGCUUCUGGAGCUGCCCAUAGAGGAGGUGCUUAUUGUGGAUUUAUGUACGGACAAUUUUGUCAAACAGCUUGGUGAUGAGGACUGUAUCUUGCCCAGUAAGCUUCAGGCUGCACUGCUGGAGAUCCUGGAGGAGAGAGAGCAGAUACUGAGGCAAGAUGGAGAUUGCACAGGAGGCCAGCAGUGUGGGCUGAGCUCCCUGGUGUCGGAGGCCUUUGUGCAUUUCUUCGUGGAGCUGGUGGGCCACUACUCUCUCCAUAUGGGUGAGAGCAGCGCCAGCCGGGCUUGGGAGCUGCAGAGGGAGAGCUUCCGCAAGUCCCACCCCUCCCGCGGGGCCCGCCAGUUCUUGCAGCUCUUCAUGGACACCCAGAUGUUCGCCGGCUUCAUCCACGGCAAGGAGCUGCGCAAGGGAGGGGGCAAAGGGCUUUUUGAAUUUAGAGCUGCAGAAUAUCUGUCCUCAAACCCUGAGCCUGAAUCUAGUGGGUUCCUCAAGGGACUCAAAGGACUCGGGAUGAAAUUCCUACCGAAGAAGUGACAAUGUCAGCGGUCUGGUUGAAAAUGCUUCUGUAGGAGAAGAUGAGGAUCUUCCGCGGGAUUGGCCAAGACGUGUGGAAAUGAUGUCACGGAUAUAGAUAUGUACUUGAAUCGAUCAGAACAUAACGGUGUUUGAUACAUAGGCCCACAGUCUUAGAUAUAGGGCUCGGGUUGAGACAGGACCAUACUCUUCGUAUUGCCCUAAAAGCACUCCAUGCCAGAGUGAAGUGUGACUGUAAUUGGAGGAAAACUGGAAAUUUGAAUUUUGUGCAAACAAGCUUCGAUGAAAACUUGACAUGGCAGAAGAAAGGCAGGAGCAAAUACCAUGUACUUAUGAAAUUUACACAAAACAUUUCAGCUACAAGACUAACCUGUGCCUAUUUCUGUUUUUGCUGUUAAUUUUUUGAAUGUUUGGUUUUAAUCAAGUGUUUUGAGUGUUUGCUCUCAGUAUUAUGGAUAUAGUUAUUUUUUAAUUUAGUUUUGAACUUGUCUAGUUGGAGAAAAAUAAGGUAGGCUAUUCUUGUUACACUUCAGCACUCUGUUACAAAACAAUGUAAAAAUAAUUGUAUUGUUUGCAUGAUUGUAACUUUAAAUAUGACAUCACAUGUUUUAAACUGAGGUUAAUGUAUGUUUUCCCUGACAUUUUGUUGUCCUUGACAAAUGUUCCAAGUAAUGUUUGGAUCAUUAAGAUAAUGCAUUAUAUUGACAUUUCUAACAGAUUUUGAAUAGCUCAAUUCUGUAUAGCUCAUUCUGUAACAAAAUAUUUUGUUUACAAUGUUUAGCUACUCUUAUGCAUUGUUCGCAUUGUGAACUUAAUGUGACAUUGUAUGAACCUGUUUGAAUACCUUAGCAAUUUGAUAUCACAGAUGAAAGCGCUUCACAAAGUUUGAUAAAAACAUUAUGUUCCCAUGUGGGUUUAGAAAGCCAUAAACAGAGACCAGAAACUAGUCACACCUCAA